UUGAAGAAGUAAAAGUGCUGCGAAAGAAUUUACAAAAUACAGUUUUAUUUAUAUUUCUGUUUUGGAAACCGUGGCAUGUAUGGAGUCCAACGUUUCAGGCUCGUCUAGUUUAUCUAGAGCAACUAGAUUUAUGAUGGAGGGAGUGGGUGCAAGAGUUAUAAGAGGACCCGAUUGGAAAUGGGGCAAGCAGGAUGGUGGAGAAGGGCACGUCGGUACCGUAAGAAACUUUGAAUCUCCUGAGGAAGUAGUUGUAGUCUGGGAUAAUGGUACUGCAGCCAACUACAGGUGCUCAGGUGCUUAUGACCUCCGUAUACUUGAUAGUGCUCCUACGGGAGUCAAGCAUGAGGGAACUAUGUGUGAUACCUGUCGCCAGCAGCCUAUUUUCGGCAUUCGUUGGAAGUGUGCUGAGUGCAGUAAUUAUGAUCUAUGCUCUGUUUGUUAUCAUGGAGAUAAACAUCAUUUGAGACAUCGGUUUUAUCGAAUCAGUGCUCCAGGAGCUCAGAGGUGUUUAGUAGAGCCUAGACGUAAGAGCAAGAAACAGGCAGUGAGAGGAAUAUUUCCAGGGGCUAGAGUUGUUAGAGGGGUUGACUGGCAAUGGGAAGAUCAGGAUGGGGGUAACUGUAGGAGAGGCAAAGUGAAUGAAAUCCAGGACUGGUCUGCCGCUAGUCCUCGUUCUGCAGCUUAUGUUGUAUGGGAUAAUGGUGCUAAAAAUUUAUAUAGAGUGGGAUUUGAAGGCAUGGCUGAUUUGAAGGUUGUCAAUGAUGUGAAAGGGCAAAAUGUGUACAAGGAGCACUUGCCUCUGCUGGGAGAACUGGGUCCAGGCCGCACCGGUCCUCAUGGCCUGCAAGUUGGGGAUAUGGUAAAAGUGAACGUAGACCUGGACUUGGAGAUAGUGCAAUCCCUGCAGCACGGGCACGGCGGAUGGACGGAGGGUAUGUUCGAGUGUCUCAGCACAACCGGCACUGUGGUCGGUAUAGACGAGGACCAUGAUAUAGUGGUCACCUACCCCAGCGGCAACAGGUGGACCUUCAAUCCGGCUGUUCUUACAAAGGUGUGCAACAUAACCGCGUCGACGUCGAGCGGCGCGGCCGGUGGGGGCGGUAACAGUGGCGGGUUCGUGGUGGGUGACCUGGUGCAGGUGUGCGCCGACCAGGAGCGGGUCAAGGCGCUGCAGCGGGGGCACGGCGAGUGGGCUGAGGCGAUGGCGCCGACGCUCGGCAAAAUAGGUCGCGUUCAGCAGAUUUAUCACGACAACGAUCUUAAAGUGGAAGUUUGCAAUACGUUUUGGACAUACAACCCGAAUGCGGUAACCAAAGUCGCUUCGUUCGAUGGCAGCAUUCCAGGGAAUUCAUCAGGCGACCGUUUAUCCGUAAUACUGAAGAAGUUAUUCGAGACGCACAUGACGGGCGACGCUAACGAGGAGCUGGUGAAGGCGGCGGCGAACGGCGACGCGGCCCGCUGCGCCGACAUACUCGCGCGGCAGGACGGUGCACGCGCAGACGUCAACAGCAUCUUCGGCGGACACACCGCCCUGCAGGCGGCGGCGCAGAGCGGACACGUGGAGGUGAUCCGCACGCUAGUGGAGGCAGGCGCGGAGGCGGACGCGGAAGAUCUGGACGGAGACCGCGCGGCGCACCACGCGGCCUUCGGCGACGAGUCCGCGGCGCUGCGCGUGCUCGCCGCCGCCGGCGCGGACCUCAACGCGCGCAACCGACGCCGCCAGACGCCCCUGCAUAUCGCCGUCAACAAGGGACACCUAGCUGUAGUCUGCACCCUACUGCAGCUGUCCGUGCAUCCUAGUUUGCAGGACUCCGAAGGCGACACGCCGUUGCACGAUGCAAUUUCGAAGAAGCGGGACGACAUAUUGACUUUGCUGUUGGAUCAUGGAGCUGACAUGACACUCACAAACAACAAUGGAUUCAAUGCUUUGCACCACGCAGCGCUACGAGGCAAUCCAAGCGCCAUGAAGAUAAUGCUGGGGAAACUGCCGCGGCCGUGGAUAAUCGACGACGCGAAGGACGACGGCUACACGGCGCUGCACCUGGCCGCCUUCAACAACCACGCCGAGGUGGCCGAGCUGCUGGUGCGGGGCGGCGCGCGCCUCGACCUGCAGAACGCCAACCUCCAGACCGCCCUGCACCUCGCCGUCGAGCGCCAGCACACGCAGAUAGUACGCCUGCUCAUCGCACAUGGCGCUAAUCUCAAUAUAUGUGAUAAGGACGGCGACACGCCGCUGCACGAGGCGCUGCGUCACCACACGCUGCAACAGCUGCGGCGGCUGCAGGACGCGCGCGACGCGCAGCUGCUCAGCGGCAUCACGCACGCCCACGACAAGAAGUCCUCCGCCUCCAUCGCCUGCUUCCUCGCCACGCACGGCGCCGAUCUCACCAUUAAAAAUAAGAAAGGUCAAACGCCCUUAGACCUAUGCCCGGAUCCAAAUCUUCGGAAGACAUUGACCAACUGCCGCAAGGAAGGAGCCAGUGCUACAGGCGAGGCGGCAGCUGAGAGCGAGACAUCCCUGAACACGAGUGCGAGCAGUUCCACCGCGGCAGCGAGCACAUCAGAGGCGGCAGCGCUGGCGGCGGCUGUACCAGCAGCGGGCGACGCGCCGCAGGGCGACCCCACUAACGACGAGUGUCUCGUCUGUUCCGACGCCAAACGUGACACCCUGUUCCGGCCUUGCGGACACAUCUGCUGUUGCAACGUUUGCGCCGCCAGGGUGAAGAAGUGUCUGAUCUGCCGCGCGUGCGUGACGUCGCGCGCGCGCGUGGGCGAGUGCGUGGUGUGCUCGGAGGCGCCGGCGACGGUGGUGUUCCGGCCGUGCGGCGACGUGUGCGCGUGCGCCGCCUGCGCGCCGCUCAUGCGCAAGUGCGUCGAGUGCCGCACGCCGCUGCAGCCGCCACCCGCUGCUGCUGCCGCCCCCGCCGCCCUUGCCGCCCCCGCCGCAGCCGCCGCCGCCGCGCCCGCUGCAGCUGCUAGCAAACCUGAACCGGACAAGGAGGGCAGCAACCUGGCGCACAUCCACGUGAACAAGGGGCAGCCGGCGCCGGCGCAGAUGGCGCCGCACCUCAUGAACAACGGCUCGCGCUCCGCUGCCGCGCCCGCCGCGAACGCCGCGCCCGCGCCCGCUGACGUGCAGAAGUUGCAGCAACAGUUGCAGGAUAUCAAAGAGCAGACGAUGUGCCCGAUCUGCCUGGACCGGCUGAAGAACAUGAUCUUCUUGUGCGGGCACGGCAUGUGCCAGAUGUGCGGCGACCGCAUCGCCGUGUGCCCCAUCUGCCGCAAGCAGGUCGAGAAGCGCAUACUGCUCUACUAGCGCCCCGCGCGACGGUCAGCGAAGUAUUCGUUAGAACGCGGUCAGCAAAACAUUUGUUACGGUUCGGUAAGCGAAGUAUGUGUUACAGUAUGGUCAGCAAUAUAUUUGUGACAGUGCAGUAAGCUAAAUAUCUGUUACAGUAUGAUGAGUCAAGUAUUUGUUACGGUACCAUCAAAACAUUUGUUAUAGACCGUGAGAUGGUGACAUAAAAUUCUUGGUCAUUUGUAUCAUCAAAUCAAAUUACAGAUUUAUUGGAAAGCCACCUUUCGCACUCUAUUAUAAACUGAAAUCUAUGUAAUAGGUAUUUAUGAUUCGAUGAGCUAAUGUUUUUGGAAUUUGGCUGCAAACGUAAAUGUGUAGGCAUACUUGCCUUCGAAAACUAUGGGUAUUGGUUAGGUCAUGUUGUUACAGUCAUGUUGAUUCAUAGAAUUCUUUUUAUUGAAAUUUAUGUUAAAAGCGUAUUAAAUAGUAUAUUAUUCCUAUUCCU